AGCUCCAAGGGCUUGAAAGGGGUUAGAGAGUAGUUCUCUCCAUAUCAAGUUUUUCAUCUUCUUUACAGUCAGGAAUCCAUGAACGGUCAAUCACAAGCUAUGAGAACAUAUGGCAAUGGAGCUAUGUCUCUCUCUGUAUGUCAUCAAAAGUCUAAUAGGGACCAAUUAUGAGGAUUGGCAUGAAUCUCUCACUAUUAAUUUGGCUAUUAUGCAUUUGGAUUUGGCUUUGAGGGUUGAUGCACCUACGAAACCCACUAGUGAAAGUACUGCAGCUGAAAAGACUCUUUAUAAGCAAUGGGUGCAUUCUAAUAGGACUUGUCUUAUGAUCAUGAAGUAUACUAUUGAUAAGUCCAUUAGGCAGAGCAUAUCUGAUACAGAUAAUGCCAAAGAAUAUCUUGAGGCAGUUGGGAAGAAAUUUACUAAGUUUGACAAGGCAAAAGAGGGAACUUUGAUGAAACUUCUUACUACCACAACCUAUGAUGGGGUUAGCGGAGUUUGAGAGCAUAUUAUGAAGCUUACUCAUUUCUUUAACAAGCUGAAAGGAAUGAAAGUUUACUUAGCAGAUAGUUUUCUUGUAUGGCAAGUACUUGAAUCCUUGCCAUUGCCACGCGAUUUAUAUAACGUGAUUUUAUACUGCAAGCGCACGGUAUCAAGUUUUGUAGUAUAUUAAAGAAUUGAAAAGUGUCGAACCCACAGG